AUGGGAAGGCUAUCCUCCACCAUCGAAAUUGCUCACCAUCGCCGCAGACACGAAGAUCGCCGCACUCCUGACUCCGAUGUCUCUGAAGAUCGCCGUCGAUACCGCCGUAGCCCUAGCUAUGAUUCAUACGAUCGUCACAGAGACCGCCGCCGUAGCAUAUCACCCGAAAACAGAAACCCUAGAUACGAUAACAUCAAUCCAAACGGCAACGCUCUUCCAAAGAAAUUCGGCCACCGCAACGGCUCCUAUCUGGACCGUGACCGCAGCGAUUUCAAGCGCUCCGAGUCUGAAUCUGACGAAGAAUUGAAGGGAUUGAGUUUCGAGGAAUACAGAAGGUUGAAGCGGCAAAAGAUGAGGAAGUCGAUGAAGUACUGUAUCUGGAACGUUACGCCGAGUCCUCCGAGACGGGAGAACGAAGAUCUUGAGCAUGUUUACAAAGCUGAAGAGUUUUCUGAGAAAUAUGAUGAGAAGGAUGAUAAGGAGCUUAAACCGAAAGCAAAAUCUGAAUCCGUGUCCGAUGAGUCUGAUGGUAGUGAAUCUGAUAAUCCACGUUUGAGGAAGAAGAGAAGUAAAAGUUCUUCUAAAAAAUCGCGAAGCCUAAGUGAAUCAGAAUCAGAAUCAGAAGAAGAGGAAGAUCGGAAGCGGGGAAGGAAUCGGAAUUAUAGUGAUAGUGAUAGUGAAUCAGAAGAGGAAGAACGUAAGAGGAGAAGGAGAAGUAAGAGGAAGAUAAGUAGAAGGAAAAGGAACAGUAGUAGGAAGAUGAGAAGGCAUAGUGAUUCAGAAGAGAGUGAAAGUGAUGAAUCUGACUCUGAUGGUAGUGAAAGAAAGAGGAAGCAUUCUUCAUCUAGAUCUCGAUCUCGAUCAAAACGAAGCAGGAAAGGAACUAAGAAAAGUGCCGAACCGAUAAGCGAGAGUUCGGAAGAUAAUGAGAUGGUUUCUGAUUCAGCUGCUGUGAAGAUUAAGGAAGCAAUUGUUGUUGAUGAGGUGGAUGUGCCUGAGAUUAAUGCUGAGGCUUUACAAUUAAAGGAAUUGUUAGAGUUACAGAAGAAACCGGCUUUGGAUAACGAGCCAACAGUUGGGCCCAUGCCUCUGCCAAGAGCAGAGGGGCAUAUAAGCUAUGGUGGUGCACUGAGGCCUGGUGAAGGUGAUGCUAUUGCACAAUAUGUUCAACAAGGGAAACGUAUUCCUCGUAGAGGAGAAGUGGGUCUUUCUGCAGAAGAGAUUUCAAAGUUUGAGGAACUUGGUUAUGUGAUGAGUGGCAGUAGGCAUCAGAGGAUGAAUGCAAUUCGUAUCAGGAAAGAAAAUCAAGUUUAUAGUGCUGAAGAUAAGCGUGCUUUGGCUAUGUUUAACUAUGAAGAAAAGGCUAAAAGAGAACAUAAGGUUAUGGCUGAUUUGCAAAGGCUAGUGCAGCGUCACAUUGGUCAGGAUGUUGGUCCAACUCAUGAUCCUUUUGGUGCAAAAGACGGUGCUGAUGCCUGA